GAGAAGACCACUUGUGUAUGAACAUUAAUGGACAGAUGUGAAAUCACAAUUAAAGGUGACACACAGCCAAGAUUUGAUUUCCAAGAAAAUGAAAAGAAAAUCCAUGAGCAAGGACAAGAGCAAAAGUUCCAUGGUGUCGGUAUCAACAACAUCUUUCAAGACAAAUCUUUCAGAUUCUUCAAAACAAACAAAUGUUGAUUUGGGACAGAGUCAGGUCUUUCCAACUGAGGUGCCAGCUUUGGCAAAUGAUUCAAACACAUUUUCUGCUGAAAAAAUAGAAUUGGGAAUUCCAGCUAUCUUUGACCAAAGUAAAACACAAUCUGAAAUCACACUGACCAAUCAAAGUAGCUCACUGUCAUUCCCCAAACAAAGUGAAGAUUCUGGCUUAGUUAAACCAAGCUCUGUGACCCCAGACUCUUUCCGUCAAACAGCCCAAUACAGUCCUGAUGAUAAAAUCAUCAUGUCCUCAGAAUCCACUCCAACACCACCAGGAUCUGCGUCCCCUCAGCUUGAUCAACUGCUGUCAGAUCUGGAGGAGAUGAAACUUAAGUUUAGACCAGAGACAAUUGACCCACCUCUGCCAGAAUCCAGUGAUGAAAGCCCUGAAGUUGAUCAAAUCUACAAGUUUGAAGACCUGUCACCUGAAGAUCGCACCACAGAAGAUAGUGAUACUGUAAGAGUCAGUGUGUUUUCUGUUGUACAGCUUGCAGAUGACACUAACCACACAACUGCAGGAGUCACAGAAUCUGCAUAUUUCCAGACAUCCAUUCAAGAUGAAACUGAAUUUGUCUCAGUCUCCCCCGAUCUAACAAAAACCUCUGGGACAAGUGUACCAUCAAGACUUGGCAGACAUACAGAUAGUCCUGUAUCCCAUACUGAGUCCCUUUCAUUCCCAGAAUCUCCCCAAAGAUUUUGUGAAGAGAUGGAACCAUCACUGAGAUCAAGUUUUCGUUUGGACAUAUUCCAGACCAGCAAAUAUGGUGAAAAUGCUGGUGAGACAUUUUCUCCAGUGUCUUCACCCAAAAUAGCUGCAAAGAGUCACUCUGAUAUACCUGAAAAAAAACUGGAUAAUCUAUGUGAGGGAGAUAAUACAUCUGGCAUUCUUCAAAGUCAAGAAGAGGGUGAAUCAAUUACACCAUCUAAUGACUCAAUGGGUGUGACAUCAACACAGAGUAGCCAAGAUCAACUUCCACAUUUAUGGGAGAUAACCUCUGUUGAAACCAUUCAGACUUUAGAUUUUCCUUCUCAGUCUCUUUCUGAUUUGACUCCUGAGACAGUUACAUCUGCAAGACAUUUUAGCUUUGAGGAACUGAUGUCGUACACCUCCUUGGGGAACCUGGAGAGAUCUUCAGAUGAGGAUAGGCCAAGGACCAGUGGACAGCAUUCAGAAGAAUCUCUGACUCCAGUUGACCAUGAGCGCUUUGCCUCUCAACCCACUUCAGUUAAACCUAAAGCAGAGGUGACUUCAUCAACUUCUGAUGAGGAGUACAGCAUCCCACCUGGAUAUGCAGAGACCUCUUCUACCACAUCUGUCUAUACCCACAUGCCUCCAGGAUAUGCAGAGGAUGUGCAUCAUGAUGCCGACAGCCCUACCUUUGAAUACUCUGACCCAGAGCCUUACUUUGACUGCAAACAAGCUACAUCAGAUUUCUCAGAGACUGAGCCUGAUGAACCUGAGUCAAGAACUAGGUCAAGUGGAGGUCAGCCCCAGGAUCAUCUCAGCCAUUCUAUAGUGCUAGAAAAUGUGAAUCGAGGAGUGCUAUUGUCCUCUGGAAGUGAAGAUUAUGAGGAUGCUCCUUUUGUCCAUGAGCCUCUUCAUGAUAUAUAUGAAGAGAGUGAGGAAUUAAUACAGGAUUCAGAAGCAUCCGAUGAAGAAUUCACCUUGUGUGAGGCUUCACAACUGCCUCCAGUCUAUGGGGCUUGUGAUGAUACUGAUAAGUCUCUGAUAAGGGAGAUCACCGCAGAGCUUGGAUCAAUGUCAGAAAGUUCAGAUGAUGAAUUUUUGACCACCAGAAUAGUGCGAAGGAGAGUGGUCAUUCAGGCUGAUGAAAUGCCUGACCUACCCUCUCAGUCAGUGACAGAAGAAAAGUAUAAGGACGAAAAUGGACACAUUGUUGUCAAAAGGGUCACCCGUAAAAUUAUUCGCAAGUGUGUGUCCGCGGAUGGCAUGGAGCAUGAAGAGGUAUCAUCAGAAGGAGCUCCGCAGGGAUCCAUCAGUGUGGCAGAGGGAGAUGGAUACUCCAAGGUUGUGAAGCGGACUGUGCUGAAGAGUGAGGGAGACCAUGCAGAGGUAACAUUUGCUGAAAUUGGGGGUUCCCCAGCAUCAAGGCAGGGGACAGCUGAGGCUUGUAAGGUCAGUCACAUAGAAAGGACAAUGGUACUGGAAGGUGAAAGGACAAUGACACACCAGGGUGAUCCAUCUUUGGCCUCUGACCUCCCCUCAGCCCAAGAUGAUUUCAAACAGGCACUAGGUUAUAUAAGUGGUUUUAGCAGGAAAGAGCUCCCUCAUGUGGUAGAGAGAGAGACUGUCAAAGAAGAUGGAACUGUGGUCAGGAGGGCUCACAUGCGUAAAGGUCGCACCCUCAGACGAACAGUGGUGAGGGGAGGUGGGCAGCGCAAACAAGUUCUUCUAGAGCAAGUGGACAGUCCCAGAAAAGGGUCAAAACCACAUGAUCUCCGGCAGCAUCUCCACCAGCUCUUUCACCGUUACUACGAAGACGAGGAGGAGGACAAUGAUGAGGACGAAGAGGAGGAGGAAGAGUAGAAGAAUGUGUAACACUACCCCCCGCCCCAACUCCCCUGGCUCUGCCCAUGCUAAAGUCCCCCCUAAUCCUAUGCAUUAGCCAACUGCAAUCCUAGUGUGCACCACAGCACCUCAAAGCUACCACAGUCUUCCCAUUUAAGUCGUGGAGGAUGACAUUUUGUUCACAAUUUGAAGUUUUCUUCCCUGGCUGGUAUUAUGUAUUCAUGAUUUUCUUUUCAUAUUCUGAUGUUGUUUUGCCUUUUUGUGACCAAAGAAAGCCUUCUGUUUUUUUCCUAAUUAUUUUAACUUCCCAUGUCAGAAUUGUCUUUGAUAUUUUUGUCCUGAUACUGUGGUAGAGCAACAACAAAAAAACAAACAAAAAAACAAACAGUGGAAUACUAUUCACAUCAACUGACUCACAAACCUCUUGAAGGUACAGAACACUUUACCUGCAAAAUACUGGUACUACUCUCUGAGUAGGUGCUUGGACUGAAAGACAAUAUGUCACACUGCACUGCCUCUCACAACCAGAGUUUCUCAGAUAUUCCCAACUGAAAAGCUGUCUCACUCACUUCAUUAGCCUCUUCGCUCUUUUGAUUCAGGUGGUAAAGAUGUCACACAGAGAAAACCAGACUGUAUCAACACUGAAUUUAACUGCUGCUGCUGUGUUUUGUGUAGGCUAUGUGUAAUCUGUCAUUGGGAAUUAUAUAUUAUCUAUAAUCUAGACAUUACUGACAUCUGUAGCCUAGAAAUUUAUAAUCACUCAUGUGAAGUAGAGCAGGCAUGACUAAUCAACAUCUGUCAUUAUGAUCCCAGCUUUGACUGCUUUGUAGUUCUAUGGAUUGCUCCUAUGCCUCUCUUUCCCUUCUCUGUGUGUCUUUCUUUCUGUGUUGUUAUGUUUUAUUCUAAUUGUUUUUUUGUUUUUUGUUUUUUUGUUUUUUGUUUUGGCUUUUUCUCUUAAAUUGUUAAAUUGUCUUGACUUGUAUUGAAUGGCUGGUGAAUGUGUGAGUGGAGUUGUACCGUAGCUCCUGUAUGUUUGAGUUUGUCCAUGCAUGUGUUGAGUUAAAUACUGCACUGAUAGCUGGUUUGAAAAGGGUAUUUUAGCUGAUUUUUAAUUCUGAUGUUUUAGAGUUUGUUUUUUUUUAUUCUGAGUUUAGCUCACCAGUUAAUAUAGAGAACUUAUUUAAUCUUUAGUUUGAUUAAAUUUGCCACCUGUGAAUAAGAUCAUGAAAGCUCUUUUAGAGACACUUGUCUGCUAUAACAUAUGUGGUAAGGUGAUCGGGUGUUUCUGCUUUAUUUCAUGUUAAAAUUUAUAAGUUUAUAUUUUGAACCAGAAAGUGGUGGACCAGGCAUUGGCAGUUGUGUUGUGUGUGUUUGUGAAUGAAUGAGUCCGUGUGUAUAGUAAGAGUUUUGCUAGUUUCUCUCAGCAAAGAAAAAAAAUGUUUAUUUUACACAAACCGCAUUUGCACUCCUGAAUGUCAGGAGGGAACACCUCCUUGCUUUUUGUGCACAGGAUAUGAGGUACAGUAUAUCUUAGUCACAGGGAUAGUCUCAGACAGAUGAUAAAUACAAGAUAAUGAUAUACCAGACACACACGUAAUGAGGCAGGUUGAGAGCUUAAAUAUACCAUUAUUCACAGCUCUAAGUAUCGCUACUGUAUGUAUCUACAACAUGUAAUGUAUUUAUUUCACUAUCACUGUUUACUUUGUGAUUUAGAAAAAUGUAAAAUGCAAACUAGUGGAAGUUCACUGUGACAGGUAUGCUUUUAAUUUGAAGAAUCAGCAUCCCUUUUCUGUGAUAAUGACAGUUAUAUACAUAUACAAUGCAUAUAUAGAUAUCUAUGAGGGCAUGUAUUACUGUAUCAAAAUUCAAAAAGACAAAAAUAAAACGGCUGCAGUGUCUAUGGCUGAUAGAGAAUAAAAGUCUACAAAUGUAAA